AUGCGCCAACGAAUCACUUUCAUCCAACAGCCGCAGGACUCGGUCGACCCAAAUUCGCUGAAAGUUACGAAAAAUGACAUUUCUACGACCGGCUUGAAGGCUGCAAGAGAGGACCGCGUGACGUUUGGCUUUGAGGAGCUUCCACAGGAGUUGUAUAAGGUCUUGAAGGCUACCCAUGAGUUGCAUAUAAGAUGGGUCAGCGAGAGUCCGUAUGAGAGUAUUGUGCCGUUCGUCUCGAGGGUCUCACCGGGUUUACAUGUUUUUUAUACGCCGCAGAGGAAUAGCAAUAAUUCGAGUCUAUUAUGUCCGGCGUUGAACAAAGUGUUUGGGGAGAUAGAUUGUAUAUCACCUGAAAAAUCAUUUACAACCCUGCCCAUCGAACGUUUCUCCCACUCCUCCGCAACGCAGUACUACACUCCCCUCCCACAUCUCAACACCUUCAUCCACUACCUCAUAAACAAACUCUGCACCCCCCAAAACGAAAACCUAGCAUGUCUCUUGCGCGUCGAACUCAUCCAAUCAGCCUCCUACCUCGAUAUAGACUUCGACACCAUCUCCCACGCCCUCUCCAUAACCGCCUUCUGGCCCCAGCAAACCUGGUCUUCCCUCUCCCUCCCUAACACACCCUCAAACCGCCUCGAAGUAGGCAUCCUAUCCAUCCAGGCCCCCCAAGCCCCCGAAGAGCUUUCCCUCGGCGGUUUCCUCACCGUAGUAGGUGAAGACGCAUCGCCUUCCCCCACACUCUUCUCGUUCCCCGCACGCCACCACCCCACGUCCCAGUCCUUCACAUCUUCUUUCCUCCUACCCUCAGGCCUACACCCCACGCUGCAGUUGCGGAUAAGCGGGAGCGAGAAGCCGGUAGAUGGCGCGGCUUGUGCAUUACACGCGCAUUUAACACUCCCGAAGACCGUGUUUGCAGAUAAAUACCAAUUCGACGACGCGCUCUUCCUAGCCUCGAAAAACCUCUCCGCCAUGCAUUACAUUUCCCCGGGCGUUGAUCUCGAAGCUCCCGCAUACACAGUCCCGCUCUGGGGCUCCUCAUUACUCCUCGAACUCUCUCCACCUGUAGCAGAGGACGUGGAAUGGACGGCAGAAGUGCCAUUGCAUUUACGGUAUUUAGCACCGAGCGAAGGAGGCGUGCAGGAGACUCAUAUCCCGGCUCCAGUGCUCUUCUGGGCGUGUACGGCGGAGGAGGGGAGUAAGUUUACGGUGAAUCCUUUCGAGAGGGUGGAUUUGGGGUAUGAGGGGCUCUUUGGACCCAGGACUAUGUUUCAUCAUUUAGAUCCCGAAUCUGAACCUCAAGCUUCGACUGUACCUGCAGGAGGAAAGGAUGUGCAUGGAAGUGGGAAUGGAGGCAGGCUAGUAAACAUUCUCCAAGUCCCGGUACUGGAUUUCCAAAAAACUGCGUAUGUGGAGUUUGGCACGGCGACGGUUGUGCUAGCGGGCUUUGCGUGGGUUUGUUGGUGUUUGUGGCGGGUUUGGAGCGCUGGUGGGUAUAGAAGGACGAGGGAGAGGGCGGCGGUGGUGGUAGGAGGGGGGGAGAAGAAGAUGCAGUAA